CUUUCACAAAUUGGAGGACAAAAAUUUCUUAUAAUUGAAAGAACCGCAGAUCAUACUCAUCACUAAUACUGUACGCAUACUUACUGAAGAAAAAAAGAGCAAAAACUUAUUAUCUUAGAAGUUAAUUUAGCAGCUAAAGUUAAACUUAAUUAUAAAUUUACUUGUAUAGCAUAAAAAAAUCCAAAAAAACCAUAAUAUUAGUAAAAAUAUUUUGUUUUUAAUUCUGAUGCACUGAUAAUAAUUUAUUUAAAAAAAAAAAGACCCAAAAAAACCGGCAACAAAAUGAUGGAAGUUGAACCAAGGGUUGCAAUUUUACAAGAUUUAAGAUUACAAACAUUUGAUACGAUACGUUUUGCAUCGUAUCGCACAGCAUCAAAAUUACGUUAUAUACAAAAAUCAACAAAUUUACAUUUAGUCGAUAUAUGGAAUGUUAUUGAGGCAUUUAGAGAAAAUGGUUUAAAUACAUUGGAGCCACAAAGUGAAGUUAGUGUAGCUCGUUUAGAAACAUUAGUAUCAUCAUUAUAUCAUAAUUUAAAUAAACGUCUUCCAACUGCACAACAAGUUCCUGUCGAUUCAAAAGCUGGAUUAUUAUUAAAUUGGUUAUUAUCGGCGUAUAGUAGUGAUAAUUCUGGCAAAAUUCGAGUUUUUUCAAUAAAAGUUGCAUUAGCAACAAUGUGUGCAGGAAAAUUAGUUGAUAAAUUAAGAUAUAUCUUUUCACAAAUAUCAGAUGGAGCUGGUCAAUUAGUACCUUGGAAGUUAGGUGAAUUUUUACGUGAAGUUUUAGCACUGCCUGCCGCUGUCUAUGAAUCUCCAACAUUCCAUUAUAAAGAAAAUUUAGAAGAAGAAAUUUUUCCAGCUGAAAAUAAAGUAACUGUUAAUGAUUUUAUGGCAACAUUAAUGUCAGAACCUGGUCCAUCAUGUUUAGUUUGGUUACCAUUAUUACAUCGUUUAGCAACAGUUGAAACAAUUGUUCAUCCAACAAUUUGUUCUGUUUGUCAUAAAGAAAAUUUUACUGGUUUUCGAUAUCGUUGUCAACGAUGUCAUGCUUAUCAAUUAUGUCAAGAAUGCUUUUGGCAUGGCAAAACAUCAUUAAAUCAUCAAAAUGAUCAUGAAGUUAAAGAAUACUCAAGUUAUAAAUCACCAAGUAAACAAAUUGGACAUUCAUUAAGAAAAAGUUUUCGUUGUGUACCAGAAAAGACUAGUCAAGUAUUGCCCAGAUUUCCAGAACAACCAGAAAAAACAUUAAAUUUAUCACAUAUUGUACCACCAUCACCAUUACCAUCGCAUAAUGGUUUCUCGGAUCCAAGUAUUUUAGGUGGUGGUGUUGGUGGUGGUCAUGGUGCUGGAUUUGAUCGUAGUAGUACAUUAGAUUCACGUGCAACUGGAAGAAGUUUAGAUAGUGCCGGUGCAUCUUUAACAAGAGUUCAACAAAAUAAUGAUGAAGAACAUAGAUUAAUUGCUAGAUAUGCUGCAAGACUGGCUCAAGAAAAUAGAGCGCCUGGUGCUGGUGUCAAUCAAAAUGAAAAUGCUUCCAUUGCAACAGAUAAUUCACGUGCACAACGUGAAUUAAUAGCUCAAUUGGAAACUAAAAAUAAGGAAAUAAUGAGAGAAAUCGCUCGUUUACGAAGACAACAAGAAGCCGAACAAUUAAAUCAAGAGAGUCCAGCUUUAAUGAAUGAAUUAAGAGCUUUACGUCAACGUAAAGGUGAAUUGGAAGGACAUUUAGGUGCAUUACAAGAUUCUAGAAGACAAUUAAUGGUACAAUUGGAGAGUUUAAUGCGUAUGCUAAAAAAUCAACAAACAUCAUCUAGUCCAAGAUCAACACCCAAUUCUAGUCCACGUUCUGGUAAAUCACCACCAAUACCAUCAAAUCAACAACAACAACAACAGCAACAACAGCAGCAACAAUCAUUAGGUAAUUCAUUAAGAGCUCCACAAUCAUUACAACACCAUCAACAACAGCAACAGCAGCAAUUACAUCAACAACAACAACAUAUUUCAUCAAAUAAUCCAGGGGGCUUAGAAAAUAAUUCAGCAUUAAAUCAUUUGGGUGGUGAUGUACGUUCUGCAUUCAGUGGUAGUAAUGGUACUUCAAAUGGACAACAAUGUAUAAAUUCUAGAAAUAUCAGUUCAGAUUUACAUUUUGCAACCGAUUCAAUAACUUCGGCAAUGUCAUCAUUAGUUCAUGAACUGAACACAGGAAGCUCAGGUUAUAAUAAUUUUCGUCCGGCCCCAGAUGGUAUUUUAAGAUCACUGGAUUUUGAUGAAAAUCAAACAUAUAAUCAUGAAUGGAACGAAAAGGCAAAUCCGAAUACACAAUGGCAAGAACAAUUCGCCCAAUGGAAUCUUAAUACUCAAAAACAAUAAACAUUUAUAUUCUCAAUAUAAUUCUAAGGCUGAUUUAAACAAAUGAAAUAAACAUCGGAAUUUCUUAAAAUAAUAAAAAUCAAUAAAAUAUUUAAGAAAUAAGAAAAAAAAAAUAUACAAAAUGAAUUAAAAAAAAAAAAUAAAAAUUUCCGUUUUUAUACAACGGAUUCUUAUAUAAUAAUUAAUUAAUAUAUUUAUAAUAUACGCUAAUAUUCAGAAGAACGUUAUAUAUAUAUAUAUAUAUAUAUAUAUAA